GCUCAAGGUUGUUUGUGACCUACUUCUAUGUACACUGCAGCCUUGAUUUGUUCUACAAUAGAUCGCUCUGUCUAUCUCUUUGCAUUAGCCAAAUCUAGGUUUUCCAGUGAAAUUACUUUUUCGGUUCUCUUGCUGCCCCUUUGAUUUGCUCGCCCGUAUUUUCUCCAGUGUUCAUACAUACCCUCUUGACUUCUCCACUUGAGCAUUUCCCCCCUAGCCUCGAAACAUAGGAGAGACCCGGCGAUAUCUGCAGUGCUAUUACUCUGGAUGUGAAUAGGCAAUAAAAUGGCACCACAGAACGAAAAAAGCUCCCUCAAGCGUGGCAGAGCCUCCGCCGAUAAUGAUUCACAAGAUCUUAAAAAGCCACGACGCUCCGAGAGGAACAAUCCCCAAAGCAAAGCACAGGCUUUAGACGAUCAGUCCUAUUUGCCUACACCCUUGACCCAACGAGAUUCAACUGCCACAGACAUCGAAAAGGAGACGACUGCUACACCAGAUGAGCCUGGCCGAAAAUUACAUCGGCGGACACCUUCAGAUUCGGAACUCCCUCAAGAUAGUUCAUCACCUCCUAGCGAUACACAAGCCCUUUCUCAAUUUGUUUACCCCCCUAGAGCAUUUGCCGAUGAAGUCGAAGACGAAGCUGCAGAGGGAGUCUGGGGAUACCUUCUUCCGCUUGAUGAUAAGGUCCGCCGUCCUCUGGUACUGAGGAAACGCGGAGGAUGCGAGGAGCACAAAUCCGCAGCAUAUACGACUAACUCCAAGAAAGGGUCCGCGAAAACGAGUGCGGGUUCCGCUAGUAAACAAAAGAAUUCACCUAGCGGCUACCUUAUAGGCCGACAUCCUGAAUGCGACCUGGUGAUAAACAUUCCUACUGUGUCGAAUCGACAUGCUUUGGUAUUUUCCGAAAAUAGGAAAGGCGAUGCCGUUGCCUUUCUCCAGGAUCUCUCCACUAAUGGUACUUUUGUCAAUGAUGCAAUGGUGGGCCAAAAUAAACACCGUGAACUUGAAGAUGGCGAUGAGGUCACCAUCCUAGAUGAAGCACGUUUUGUUUUCAGAUAUCCUCGGACACGAGACACCAAUCGUUUCCGCCAACAAUAUAGGCUUCUGCAACAGCUUGGGAAAGGCCAUUUCGCCACAGUCUACCUUUGCGUAGAACGGUCUACGGGGGCUCAGUAUGCCGUGAAAGUUUUUGAGAAACGUUCUGGUGACUCGCAGCGCUCCCAGAACGAAGUUCUUCAUCAGGAAAUCGGUAUCUUGAAGGGCGUCAGUCAUCCGAAUCUGCUUUGCCUCAGAGAUACAUUCGAUGAAAGCGACGGCGUUUAUCUUGUCCUGGAACUCGCUCCAGAAGGCGAAUUGUUCAACUUGAUUAUCAGCCGGCAGAAAUUCUCAGAAAGUGAAACUCGUUGCAUCUUUAUCCAAUUGUUUGAGGGGCUGAAGUAUUUGCACGAUCGAGGUAUCAUUCAUCGUGACAUUAAACCUGAAAAUAUUCUGGUCGCGGACAAAGAGUUGACAGUGAAACUUGGUGAUUUUGGAUUAGCCAAGAUUAUCGGUGAAGACUCGUUUACUACGACACUAUGCGGCACACCAACCUAUGUCGCGCCAGAAAUACUACAGGAGCGGCGCUAUCGGAAAUACACAAAGGCUGUGGAUGUCUGGUCUCUCGGAGUCGUCUUAUACAUAUGCCUUUGCGGAUUUCCCCCAUUCUCUGACGAAUUAUACACAGCUGAGCACCCGUACACUUUAGCACAGCAAAUACAACAAGGGAGCUUCGACUAUCCGUCUCCGUAUUGGGACACUGUGGGUGAUCUGGCAUUGGAUCUGAUAGACCGAAUGCUCACAGUUAACGUUGACGACCGAAUUACGGUGGAUCAAUGCUUAGAGCACCCAUGGAUUACAGGAAAGCAGCCUAGUGUUUCUGACAGCACAGACGGCCUGACUGGGGCUUUGGGAAAGCUAGACUUCUCAAAAAGAAAGCUAGCUCGCGAAAGGACACUUCUCAGCAAUAUCAAUGAUGUUGGCUACAGUGAACAUGAGCAGAAAAGUGGUGCUCCUGUCAAAGUUUUCCACAAAAACAAUGCUGGGAAACGUGUUCACAACCAUCCAGCAAAGAAUGCACAAGAGCGUGAAGUAUCCCCUGACGAGAAAAGUGCCCCGAAUAACUUCGUCAACCUUGGAGAACAAGGUGAUCCAGUUUUGUUCGAUGACAACCUGAAAAAUGGGCGUAACUGAAGAGAAGAUAGCCUUCUGCAACUGAAGAUUCUCCGAAGCCAUCGACUUGAGUAUGUGGACCGUGGCAAAAACCAAGGUCGGUUUAAGUGUAUUUCUCAGGGACUGUCGCUUCCUUGGCUGGGUGACAUUAGCGCGCUUUACAAGUACUUGAGAGCAUAGGCAUAAGUCUAGUCUACUCUCUAAUCGACUUUUAAUACUUAGAGUAAUAAUAGCCUGAGUUGACAGUCUACAGCAUACAUAGACUUGGGAGCUUCACCUCCGCACUAGCUUUCAAUUACUAGCCAGGGACACUUCCAAGAGCGGCCCAAUAUCAUACGAUGGCUACAU